AUGCCUGGGUCGGAUAGACACCAUGGGACCAAGAGGAAGCCGGAAUCCAACAGUAGCAUUGCCCUGCCGCCCCAAACAACGAGCGGCAACAGCGGGCUACACCAGCCCCUGGUCCUGCCUCAUACCUCUGCAGGCAACAUGACUAGCAAGGACGGUAACCUCCAGUCAAAGUCGUCAGUGCCAUCUUCUUCCAAGCGCAAACGGCAUAAAUCAGCCAAACAUGGACGUGAGUCCGAGGUGGCUCAGGGCCCUGGUUUUUCUGCCCUCAGCUCCACAGCGCCUCCUUCCGUUAGCGCCGUGAAGCCGCUGGUAGAAUAUGACGACAUAAGUUCCGAUUCGGAUACUUUUUCGGACGCACCUACUGCAAGGUCUGCUGGGGGAUCGGUUAGAACCUGUCCUAGAUUAUAGUAAAGGGGGGGGGGGCGGGGCUGUUGGUAGAGAUGGUCGGGAACACAAGCACCGACACUCUCGCAAAAAGUCGAAGGAUCCCAACAAAGUUAGAGACUCUGGGGAAGGAGGUCAGAGUACUAAGAAAAAAAGCAGCAAAGACCGUGAGAGAGGGAGUUCUGGAAAAGUCAAGGAGAAGGUGGCCUCCCUGUCCUCUGUAGCAUCCCUGUCCUCUGGGUCACGACGUCAGGGUCAGCUGGAGGCUGACUUGGGGCCAAAGCGUGGAGAGUUGCCCCCCUUCUCCCAGGCCCAAACUGCAGCCAGUGUGGGAAGCACCACCUCCUCCUCCUCGUCAUCUCGCAGCAAGGAGGGUGGUCGCUCCGGGAAGUCUCGCAAGGAUAAGCAGCAGAAGCGAGAGGGGGCGCGAGGGUCGGGGGGACGCAACCGCCAGCCAGAGCACCUCUGCCUCUCAGAAGGUCCGGACGGAGAGGAGCCAACGGAAGUCCUCAAAGAGCCACAAGUCCAGCCCUAAGGGCAAGGGGCAGCCUUCCUCGAGCAGGGGGAGCCCUCGCCGGAAGGCCCCAGCCCCAACACAGUCCCCCAGCCCCCCCAGGAGAGGGGGUAAUGGAAGCCCCAUGGUCGGUGGUUACAGCCAGGAGGUGGACAGCUACCACCACCAGAAACGCAGGCCGGCCCCACAGAGCCCCAGCCCCUACAGGGAGAUGUCCAGGCGGAGCAGGCAGAGGUCAGACAGCCCCUACGCCAGCAGGCAGAGGUCUUCUAGCUAUGAGAGAGACGACAGCCCCUACUCCAGGAGACGCUCCAUCAGUCCCUAUGGUAACCGCAGGUCCUCCAGUGCUAGCCCUAUGUCCCGGUGAGUAUUCUGGCCUGGCCCAGACACCUUCCAUUCAGCCUGCCUCAUAUACACAUUUACAUUUAUGCUAGUUGCGUAAUAUGUACCAAAUCACACUCUAUUCCCUUUAUACAGCACUACUUUUGACCAGGCCCCAUGAGACCCUGGUCAAAAGUAGUGGACUACAAAGGGAAUAUGGUGUCAUUUGAGACAAAGCCUAAUACUAACAUGUAGCUAUGCACUACUACUAGCCACCCAAUCUCACUCGGUUAUUCACUCACUGUAUGCAUGGCAUGCACCUCCACACACAGAGGCAUAUUCACCAGUGCUACCUAACACACACAUUGAUUCUCACAAAUGACCGAAGUGCAUUUUUACUAAGGCUCCAAACGUGAUAAUGAACUGGUGUUGUUACUGUUGAUGUUCUCAUUACUGGAACAGGGCCAGGCCACUGGAGGAGACACCGGGUCCACUUUGACUGUUUCUACAGUUUGUUUGUUUUUUUUUCUACUUCCUUUUCUCUGUGUGCUAAGGAAGUGCUUGUAUUGUGUGUUUGUCAAAGAUGCAAUAUGUAACUUUUUGGGCGACCUGACCAAAUUCACAUAGAAAUGUGAGUUAUAGAUCUGCCAUUCUCAUUGAAAGCAAGUCUAAGAAGCAGAUCUGUUCUAUGUGCGCUAUUUCUAUGCUUCCCGUGCUUAAGUUACAUUUUUGAAUCUUUUACUUUCGGUUUUGUACACCAGUUUCAAACAGCUGAAAAUACAAUAUUUUGGGUUUUAUACAAUAUUUCACAGCGAGUUUAGUUGGUACAAUGAUGCAUUGCUUGUUUUGUCACAAACGGAAAUUAGGCAAACUAUUAGAAUUUUUGCAACCAGGAAAUGGCGGAAGAGAUUCCUGCAUAUUGCACCUUUAAAUCGUAAGUGGUCGAGACAGUGCUUUAGAUAGCUGGGGAUUGAGCCAUGGGAACAGACGGUACCUGCAGCUUCCUCUCCUGUGCUCCUAGCCCCAGGGUGUUGGAACGGGAAUGGCUAGGCCAGGUUGCAAUGUCCUGCAUGGGCUACUUAAAACUAUAGUCAGGGAAGAGACAUUGAUUCUAUGUUCAGAUGUGUCUGUGUGACAUGCAGGGCUGUUUCUGCCAGGGAGUUGUUGUCCUCUUGCCAUGUGGUGUAGAGGGGGAAGGGAAACCUAUGUAAGUCAGGACAGGCAUCACAUGGGGCUCAGACAGACAUGCAAGGCCUGUGUGCUCCAGGCUAGGGAAACCCUAUGAGGGGCUGUGGUGGUCUUUGGAGCUGGAGAGGGCAUGGGUUGGGGGGUAGACUACACUAGCCAGGGAGUGGGGUGACUGGCUAGGCCAUGGCUUUCAACCCUGUUCCAGGAGAGUUACCCUCCUGUAAGUUUCCGCUCAAACCCCAGUUCUAACUAACCUGAUCGAGCUUACCAACCAGCUAAUUAUUAGAAUCAGGUACACCAGAUUAGGGUUGGAGUGAAAACCUACAGGACAGUAUCUCUCCAGGAACAGGGUUGGAGAGCCUUGGGCUAGGCUGUUGACAUUCAGCCAUUUUGAUUUUGUGUCGCAUCAGAGAGUGGACCUUGAGCUUCUGUUGGUGGGAGGGGGCGUAGCUGUAAGAUAAAACUAGGCCCUCUGUCGUGAUCGUUAAAAGGUUCUCUGCUGACAGUAGACUCUGCUGACAGUAGACUCUGCUGCUGGUGAAUCAUGUUGAUGUAGUCAAGCCUGUAGCUAACUGUAGGCUAUUUGUUUAGUCUAGCUAAUUAACUUAAUUUCCCAGUUCUUAACUCAUAAUAAUCACAUUUUAGAUUUAGUUUGUAGUCUUUUAUAAGUUUUCAUGCUCAGGGACAUAUUAACUUGCUACUAGUUAAUUUGUUUUCCUAACCCCUCAAACAAAUUAUUGAAUCUGAAUGUUGUCUCUGCAAUUAAAGGGAUACUUUGGGAUUUUGGCAAUGAGGCCCUUUAUCAUCUUCCCCAGAGUCAGAUGAACUUGUGGAUACCAUUUUCUUGUCUGCAUGCACUUUGAAGGAAGUUGCCAACUAGCGCUAGCGCAAUUGCUAACUAGCAUUAACGUUAGCAUUGGCUCGUGAAACUACCUCUAACUUCCUUCGUAUUGGACAUAAAAAUGGUAUAGAUUAGUUUAUCUGACUGCCAAAAUCCUGAAGUAUCCCUUUAAGUAUGUUCAGAAUCUUCAUACUUUUCAUCUUACAUCUCCCACAUUUUGAAUAAGGGUUAAUUGAUUGUUAUCAAAGUAUGUGUGGUGAUGAGGUGUUUGAAUGUAUGUCCCAAAGCUAUUUGGCCUAAUGCCAGAGGAAUGUUGAGACAGUGAACUUCUGGAGGAAGUUUGUACACACAGUGCUUUAGUCUGAACUUAAAGUAGCCAAAGGUUGUCCUCCAGACUAACCACCUUUUAUGUUUGUAUGCUGACUAAGGGAAUGGGAAGUGUAGCUCAUAUGGAAGAAGACAUAACUCAGUUUAUGUGUAAAAGGCGUCAGUGUGCUAUCUUAGCAAAUAGCACUCCCUCUCUGAACUUGCCUCUAACUGGGCUUGAACCAGGGUCCUGCCUCGCCAAAACACGUGACCGCCAGUUGAUAACUUAUGAACCAGUUGAGCUAUAGAAAAUGAUCCAAUUCGAUAGCACCAUUGGUGAAAUGUCAAGCUAGCUGUGAAGUGAGCUUGCCACAUGGUCUUAUCUCAUUAUAUAAACAUAACAAAUGUUUGGUAGUUAUCAUUUUCCAUGACAUGUGCCAUGUGUUGUUUUUAUUAACACAUUUCUUAAUACACAAGUGCACAAUGCCCCAGUAAUGUCAAAUGGCCUCCUCCCUUCUUCUAGUUCCUCUUUCUUGGUGCCCCCUCCGAACUUAGAAAGAGAACUUGCAGCCAACAAGAAAUUAUUGUUUUCCUAACAUCUCGUCUCUCUCUCCAGGCGCUCAGUUCGCUCCCGGAGUCGUUCGCCACCUUUCUCCUCUUCCCAUCGCUCCUCCUCUCGCUCUCGCAACAAGAAGCAUUCGUCCUCUGCCGGGGGGGCUGGGGGUGGCGGGUCUCACAGCAGCCGGCCCACCAGCCGCUCCCCACCCUCCUCCCGCCUGCCACUCAACUCCAGCCUGGGGGCGGAGCUUAGCCGGAGGAAGAAGGAGCGCCAGGCUGCGGUGGCUGCAGCUCGCCCCCCCUCCCCUCCACCUUCCUCACGCAAGACCAAGGGGUCCACUUCACGCCCCCCUAAAGCUGAGCCCGAGAGAGCACCUGAGAGAGACUCUGUCCAAGCCGCGGACCUCCAGCCUCCACCCAGUGCACCCCAGCCACAGGACACUUGUUGGGGAAGAACACGGCUCUGCAUCUCCACCCUCCACCUUCUCAUCUCCUGCACCCCCUCUGCCCCCCGGUCAGACGACCCCACUGCCCCCACCUCCUCUGCCCUCCACCCCUGUCACCCAACUUCAGCCACCUACACCCCAGGGCCAGACAGAGGCCAGCCUCCCACCCUCCACAGCCCUCUCCUCCUCCUCCUUGUCGUCCCCCCAGUCCAAAUCUCCUGCCCCCAUGCCCACACGCAGCCCUGCCCGCCUGACACCCAUCCACAAGACCUCCACUCUGCCCCCCCUGCCUUUACCACCCAUGCUAAUGGGAGACUGCCAGGACAGGUGAGCCAUGGAACGCACAUACACACACACACACACACUCCACUCCCCAGUGCUGUUGCUUGGCAAGCGGGUAGUCAUCAUCACAACAGUUAUUAGGCCUAUACUGUUUAGGCUCAGGUUUCACCCAACAGUCAGUCACACACAUGCCUGCAGUGCAGUACUGGAAUUCUGAACAGAUUCCCUGACUGCUCUGUAUGCCUAUGCUUUAGCUACCAUUAGACCAUGAGUAUGUCAAGUAGUCAAAACAGGCCUACUCGGGACUUAAAAAUAAUCACUAACUCCUUGCAGCCUUGUCAAAUUCAGUGCUUCCUCUACAAUGGACUGCACUGGCCAAAAUGGCUGCCACAGUGAAACUGUAGUUCAUGGGCCCCACAUCCCUUUGUCAUGCUAUUUGGGGAUACAUUUGUACUACAGACAUAAGGAACAUAAAAUUCAAACUCACUAGAAAAACAACGAUGCGCUGGAGUAAUGAAAUUGUUUCUUUUUCUCUCCUUCCUUCUCUACCUUCAAUCUCUCUCUCCCCCUAUCUCCCUCUCUACCCUCCAUCAGUCCGAAGAAGUCCACUCCUCCUCAGAGGUCUUCCAGGAAGGAGAAGGAGAUGCGGAGUCGGCCGUCUCUGAUCGACCUCCCGCUGCCCCCCACGCUGGCCGGAGGAGACCCCUCGCCCCCUCAGUCCCCCGUCCACAGAGCUCCACCUCCACCCCAGUCCGCCCUCAAGAAGAGACCAAAGUGAGUUCCUAUCUGCUCAACCUAACCUUCUACUUCUUAUCAAUCCCCCCAAACCACUGAACUCUAAUAGUCUUUUCCACAGCCCUCCUCUCCCACCGCAGCCUAUUUUCUUUCAACAAAAAGAAAAAACAAGCAUAAGAUAGUACAAAGUUAUCAUCAAGGGCGUAUUCACUGAGGUAAAACGUUUCCUAAUAGCAAGUCUCCUCUGCUCUCUCUAGGUUUUGCUGUCCACGCUAUGGCGAACGCAAACAGACACAGAGCGACUGGGGCAAACGCUGCGUGGACAAGUUUGACAUCAUCGGCAUUAUCGGAGAGGGCACCUACGGCCAGGUGUACAAGGCCAAGGACAAAGACACCGGUGAGAGCCCCGUGUGGCCUUUCACUGACAUACCUGUGUUUCAUUGUUCUUGAGAGAGGCACAAAUCAGAGAGGCCCUUUGCUCCAACCUCCUGCCUCUCUAUGUGUGUCUGUCGGAGGAAUUGGAAUUAAAGCAGAAGACACAUUUCCAUUGGGCAUCCGUGUACAUUGGACAAUGUAUUUUAUAUAGCACAUUUAUUACACUUUUAAACAGGACAAUCAACAGAGAUGUUUUCAUCCAUCCCCUACAUUGGACAAUGAAGUGAUCUGUAAUGUUCAUCUUGUUCUCCUGUCCUCCAGGUGAGCUGGUGGCUCUGAAGAAGGUGCGUCUGGACAAUGAGAAGGAGGGCUUCCCCAUCACGGCCAUCAGAGAGAUCAAGAUCCUCCGCCAGCUCAAACCACCGCAGCGUGGUCAACAUGAAGGAGAUAGUCACAGACAAACAGGAUGCACUGGACUUCAAGAAGGACAAAGGUGUGUGGAAGGGGGGACUGUGUGUGUGUGGGGUUUGAUCUUGGUGCAUGAGCCAGCCAUGUCUGCCUGUAUGCGUGUGAAUGCGCAUCCUCCUUACCCCUCCCUGUCCCGUCAGGUGCCUUCUACCUGGUGUUUGAAUACAUGGACCAUGACCUGAUGGGUCUGCUGGAGUCAGGGCUGUGUCAGUUCUCCCAGGAACACGUGAGGAGCUUCAUGAGACAGUUGAUGGAGGGACUGGAUUACUGCCACAAGAAGAACUUCCUCCACAGAGACAUCAAGUGCUCCAACAUACUGCUUAACAACAGGUACUAGUGUUGCACGGUGGAUCGGUACCACGGUAAUAUCACGGUACCAAAAUGUCAUGAUACCAACAUUGUAAAAUGCUGUAGUACCAUUUCGCAUGAUACUAUUGAAUUUUUAAGCCCAACCGAUCUAAAGAAACUUCUGGCGCCUGUUAUAAAAUGUUUAUAAAGUCAGUUUGGUUUAUAAUUUCAGUUGAAUUUAAGCAACAGCCACUAGUCUCUUGUAUGCGCAGGUCCAAUAGUGUCCACUUCACUUUCAUGCGCAUACCACGUGUGGCAGCUGUAAUCGGCCAGCUGCAUCCCCUACCAUCCCUCACUCACCUGCUUCUCUCUGUCCGCUCUUCAUGCGCAUCUAUUCCUCCGUUCGUUUUAAAAAAGAUAUAAUUUAGCCGUGAUGGCGAGCAGGGGAUGCAGACCCUGAUGAGUCUUCUGUUGUUAGAUGUGUACAUUUGUUACAUUGGAGCAGUGCGCAGAGCGAGCAAUGUUAAUACAAUGUGUCAUUUUAUUGCCUGUUAUAACCAAGAGCACAGGCCAGUCUGAGUAGACUUUGCAAGUUCACUGUCAUACAGCCUCUGAGUGUCAGAGAGGGGAAAUGCAGCACUGCUUCACGACAGGCACGCUUGCAGCUUUACAGCAAAGAAAAUGGCUUGUCUCUAGCCUAAACUGCAAAAAGAAAAUAUGACCCAUAUAACCGGAGAUGCAUUUUUUUUUUUUCUGUCGGGAUUCGUGUGCAUUUUAUAUAAUUUCACAAAUCAUGUCGCGGGCUGUUUUAAACUAGUCCUGGUUUUUUUAAUUAUUGGUUUGAUAACAAACAACGUUGUUCAGUCAUGUUACCUAGCUAGCAAUCAACCUGGUAACUUGACAGUAGGUUUAGACAAAUUUGAUUGGCCCAGGAAGAAAGGAAAAGGGUCUGCUACUCAUGAGAUGUGUUUCAAAGGUAGGAUUCAUAUAGGUCUAAUGUAAGCCUAAACUAUAUCACAAAAUCAAUUUCUUUCUGGUGCUCCUUAAAUUCUGUUUGGUGUCUAACGUUUUAAAAGUUGGAAGCAGCGUGUGUGUUUGUGGGAGAGAGAGAGAGAGUGGUGUGUGUGUCUGUAUUAGAGAGGGAGACUGAGAGAGUGUGUAAGGGAGGGAGUGUCUGUGUUAACUGAAGAGUAAAGGUUUCAUGCAGUGUUUUCCCCUUAGUGCUACAAUGACAUGCAGAUCAUAAUGCUAUUCCUUCCUCCAGCCAAAGCACUGGUAGGCCUUUGCAAAUAUGAGCAAAUCGGCCAUUCUAUGCAGUAUUCUAUUAUACACUGAACAGUGUGAAGUUAAAUUCAGUGUGUUGUAUUGGGUAGAAGUGUGAAUUUCAGUGACAGGUUUUUGUGUAGCACAUGUGCAGAACAUUUAGAAAACGGGAACAAGCGUCCGGGGGACGGGGCAAACAAGAUGCUAGGCCACAGAUUAUUUUUCUUUCUGUAGUAUCGCGAUACUACUCGGUAUCGUGAUACUGGCCUGGUAUCGUAUCGUUAGUAAAAUGUCGGUAUCGUGACAACACUAACAGGUUCACAAGGAGGAGGGAACAGUGUUUCUCCGUCCAUGGGCCGGUCCGUGAGAUGUUGCUGGCUGGUCGCUGAGAUGGUUCACUGUCCAUUCAUGUAUACAGUUCUACAGUGCUAGAUUUAAAGGUAGACUCAGCGAGAUGACGUUGCCACGAGCAGAUAAUGAGAUGAGAGUGGUGCAAGACUUACAGUCACACAGACUUACAGUCACACAGAGUAUCUGCUCAUGUGCACAGCUACAACGUGGUAUCUACAGGACCAAAACAGCGAUGAAAUUCAGCCUCGCGCUUCAACGCUCUUAGUUGUUGUGGAAGUUGACCAACUACUGCUGUUUACUUUGUACAUCUACGUCGUCUCGCUGUAAGCAGUUCCCCAAGGAGGGAAAAGCAUAGCUUUGCCGGUCCCUGGUAUAAAAAAAUGGACCCACUAACCUAGAAUGUUAUGGUAAUAGCAACAGUAGUAGUUAGUGUGGUUUUAGUAGUGAGGACAGGGAGCACUGGGAGUUGUUUUGAAAUGAUUGUUGUAGCUAUAGUAGGAUUGGGUUUUUCCUUUGAUUGGUGCUUUCAAUGUGCAACAUUCUACCAUGGGAAUUCAAAUGCCCUUUCUUCUGCCUCGCUGUUUUGAUUGAAUUAUUCACUUCUGUAGUUAGGGUUGUAUAAGUUAACAGCUGUAGAAUGUAAUAAGUUGUCUUGUUAUUGAGCUUGAUUCUCUGUCUCUAACCCCUCAUUUCUUUAUCCCUCUCUCCUUGUGCAGUGGUCAGAUCAAACUGGCUGACUUUGGUUUGGCCCGCCUCUACAACUCAGAGGAAAGGUGAGACUUGGAUUUCUCAAGUUGCUUUGGAGCAACGAUGACAUCAUCAUGUGUUUAUAAGUCAGAGGUCCUUCCUGUCUCUGGUUCAAUCCUUUUAAACUGUGGCCCUCACACUGGCUUUUUCUCAUUUGGGCAAAAGCCCGUCCUCCACCCUCUCUCCGCUCUGCUUCGUGACCCAGAAACCGAUACGUGGUCGAUGAAAUGUAAAUUCGUUAGUAGGCGUCCGGAACAGUGUCCUCCAUUCCUCGAUAGCCACCUUUCAGUAGGAUAGUCAUGUAUCCUACCAGAGUCCUUCACGGAAGAGUUUUGAUAUCUGCCACACCCCCUUUGAAUCAGCUUUUGUUUUGUCCGAGGAGAAAAGCAUGCACACAAUCAAUAUGUUACAUAUCUUUUUAUCUAUAAAAUGUCUUGCACAACUAACUUAAUUCGUUUAUCACUUUACACAUUUAUUUUGGGAUCCACCCCUGUAAACUUAAUUUGCCUGAUGAUGCGCGAGUGGAGGAGGCACAUUUUUGUCCACGUUCCCUCUCCUCGAUUACCUUUGACCUUUUUCCAAAAGAAGACGAGAGAGGACGGAGGAGAGUGGAGGCGGGAGUUGAGCAAAUCCAAUUGAGAAAAGUCCUCUGUUGCCAUGGCAGUCUGAAUGAAAACACCUAUCUAUUCUAAUGAUUCCCCACUAGGUGGUGCUGUGUCCUGUAUUAAGAGGUUCUCCCUCCAUCAGAGCCCAUUGUUGAGAGAUGAAGUGUGGGUGUUUGGGCACUGGAGGGCAUAGUAGGGGUACUGGUACUGUAUCUGUGUGUUAUAUCUGAAUGUCCCCUUCCCUGCUCCCUCCAGCCGACCCUACACUAAUAAAGUAAUCACUCUAUGGUACCGCCCCCCUGAGCUCCUCCUGGGAGAGGAGAGGUACUCUCCAGCCAUCGACGUCUGGAGCUGCGGGUUAGUACACCCACACACACACACACACUGUCAUGCACCUGGACACUGAUUCUGUACAUGCCCAAGAACACUCAUUCCCUAUUUGUUAAGAGGUUUAUUGGUGCACAAACAUUUCAUUCACACAUUCUCCAAUCAAACAUGCUCUAUUUAGGAAAUCAGAUUGCACUUACCUUAUUGUUCCAUAUGGUGUCACUAUAAAACUGCCAUAUCAUUUUGACUUAAGUAGUCAGAGCUCUGAACCUAAGGAUUGGCAAAGAAUUAUCACUCUUAGCAAAUCCUAGUCGCCAACAUUGUCUAUUGACUGUUUGUGCACAGGUGUAUUCUGGGAGAACUGUUCACCAAGAAGCCGAUCUUCCAGGCCAAUCAGGAGCUGCUGCAGUUAGAGUUGAUCAGGUAUGCUGCUGUUGCCCCCUACUGCCUGGAAGACUGCAACUCAGCAUUAAAAUCUUGUCUGACAUGGCAACCUAUUUCCUAUAUAGCAGCCAUAUUCUACAGGCGUACUGCAGUCCAGAACUCAGAACGGGGUCUAUACGGACCGCGGGUCUUGACUUUUUUUUGUUUUUGGAACUCAGUUGGGCUUUCAACUUACUGCUGUCGAGUGCAAUUUCUAAAUGUAGAAGUUUUACUCUUAUGUCAUUCACUGACAGAUCUUAAAGAUAUAUUUUUAACUGAAAUGUCCAAUUGAUCAACUAGCUAGAUAGGUAAGUUAGGCUAACCAGCUACCUACAUCUUGUAGUUAUCAUGGCCAAAUUGUGCCAAGGGGCAUCGAACCCCAGGGAUCCCCCAUUUUAGAUUUUGUUGAGUCACUCGGGUAUCAAAUGAACACACAUAAGAAAUGGCGAAAUGUGUAGAAUUGCAGUAAAUUAGCUUGUGAAAAGAAUGUUCUCUCCGCCAAAAAGAGGGGUGUGAACCCUUUGGGGUCGCAUGGGAUGCGAGGUGGGGGUUUGUUACUACUCCGAUAAAUGACAAUACCCAUCCGGACCUUUACCACCUAGGAAAUAUGUGUGACUGGACCUUCUCAAAUAGUAGUUGAAUACCCCUGCUAUAUAGUGCGCUACUUUUGACCAGAGCUCUAGGGGCCUUGGUCAAAAGUAGUGCGCUAUAUAGGGAAUAGGGUGCCAUUUGGGAUACAGGCCAUGUUUACCAAAGCUCUAACUUUCUCCCUCUCUGUCCCCCCUCUGUCUCAGUCGUCUGUGUGGGAGCCCCUGUCCCGCUGCCUGGCCUGACGUCAUCAAGCUGCCCUACUUCAACACCAUGAAGCCCAAGAAACAGUACCGCCGACGGCUACGCGAGGAGUUUGCCUUGUAUGUAACAUGACAUACAAUCCGUGGGAUUUUCUUGUCCUUUCAUCAAUCUGAUAGUUGUGGCAGUACAUCAGUUGUUGAUGCUAUUUGUUUGACUCGCACUCUCUAAUUUCACACUCUCUCUCGCGCUCUCUGUCAGUCUGCCUGCCCAGGCCCUGGACCUGCUGGACCGCAUGCUGACCCUUGACCCCGCGCGGCGCUGCACAGCCGAACAGGCCCUCAAUAGUGACUUCCUGUGUAACGUGGAGCCCAGCAAGAUGUCCCCGCCCAAGUGAGGGCCUUGUCUUUGGCCUGUCCUUUCCUGGGCCCAAUACAUAUAUCUAGAGAACACCCUUGAACUAUCCACUACCAUACUCCUACACCCUUAUUGCUUUCUUUCUUUCCCACAUCCCUGGCGUUGCUAGCGCCAUGCUCUUCCAACUGAGCUUUCACCACUCCGUUUUUGCCUCUGUAUCUUACUCUCUCUCUCUUUCUCCAGUCUCCCUCACUGGCAGGACUGCCACGAGCUGUGGAGUAAGAAACGACGGCGCCAGCGUCAGAGCGGGCUGCCCGAGGAUGUGCCUGUGCCCAAAGUGCCCCGUAAGGACCCCUCGGGGGCUUCCAGUGGAGAGAACAGCAGGCCACAAGCCAGCCCAGCUGGAGCCCCGCCCCCUCCGCCUGGAAGACCACCCUCCUCAGCUAUCUCAGCCAAUGAGCUAGCAGGUCAGGCAGACACAGUAGUCACAGUUCACUACUAUAGAAGAACAUACCCUUACCAAAUGUCUCCUUGGUUAAAUAGUGGCUGAACAGGUUGUUGUAAGUCUAUAAUGUGAACACGUUGUCUCCAUACACUCUCAGCAGGCUGCUGUCUACAGUAUGUGUGACCAUUGUCUCUCUCCCAUCAGGUCUGGGUGCUGCAGCGGAGCAGCUGAACCAGACCGAGCUGGCUGUACUGUUGAACCUGCUGCAGAGACAGACAGACCUCAGCUUGCCCCAGAUGGCCCAGCUCCUCAACGUCUCCUCCAACCCAGAGAGCCAGCAGCAGCUAGAGACCCUUAGCCAGUCCCUGUCUGCCCUGACCGAGGCCUCCCACCACCGGGGGGCCUCAGAGGACCAGGGUCCGGCUAGGUCCCAGCCCCCCGAACCUCCCCCAGAGCCCCAGGAGCCCUCCCCGCACCACGGCGAGCCGUCCCUCAGCCAGGACGACCAGGCCAACCUCCUUGCCAUCCUAUUGGGCCAGCUCAUCAAGCCGCAGGCCGAGGGGGCGGAGCAAGGCGACGAGAGCAAUGGCGUCCAAUCAGAGGAGGCGGUGAGGCGCGGUUCGUCCGCCUCCACUGCUGACCGCAAGGGCAAGUCUGGGUUCAGUCUCUAAGGGGUGGGGCAGAGAGCACUGGGUCAGGGGGAUCUCACAGGGGACUGGUGGACGAAAGGGAGGGGGAGGAGACUGGGCGGAGGGUGUCAUGGUGCGGAUCUUGUCAUUAAUUAUUUUUCUGCUUCCCAUAAAGCAGUUGUAAAUUCCUUUAUAAACGAGCUGAUGAGAUGAAAGAUAUUAACUAAAUGGCAAAUCGAAAGAAAGAUUCCACGGUUACUUUAAAUAUUUUUGCAGGAAGACUAGUUUUAUGUUGUCUAGACCCACCUCCUCUCACCAACAGUUCCACCCCCCUACCCACCUUUUGUCUGUCUCACCCAUCUCCCACUUCAAAGGCUACUUUCACCCACUCAGUCACACAUAGGUGGAAACAUACCAUACAUGAAGUUGGCGAGUCCUCAAGAUGUCUGACCAGAGAGUGGCUUCGGACGGCCCAGGUCACAUGGACUGGGCUUUGGGCACAAGGACUUUUCUCAUUGGUGUGAAUGUAAACCAUGAGAAGGUGUGUAGUGUAACAGCAUUAGAAAGAAAAUGGUUCACACUGCACUCUCCCCUCCACCCUUUCACUCCUGCCUCUUUAUCACCCUGUUUUCUUUUCCUUCGUGUUUCUUUUCCCAUUUCCUCUUUCUCUCUCAUUUUUCAAUUUGUUAAAGCAGGUUUCUUGGAUUGUUCUUCCUUCCAUAAAAAGAUAUUGAUUAAAAACCAGUCUGUAAUGUUAACAUUUUUAUGAAGAAAGUCUAAUAAAUUAUCAAACAAAAAUAAAUGUUUUGAACCUUAGACUUCACCUGCAUGUCUUUCUUUUAACUUUUAUUUAAAUUACCCAUUUAAAUUUUAUUUUUGUAUGUUGUCUUUUACAUUAGACCUCAAUCAUCCAACGCUAGUAAAGCGUUCUCCUCUGUCUCUAUCUGUAGUCACCCUGCUGUUGGCACUUAUAGCAACAACACUGUUGCCUAGGAAACAAUGGUAGCAGCAGUGUUGCCCGGUAGCCAUGACAGCAGACUGAGAAGGCAUCUCUUUCUCUCUUAGCUUUAUGGCCUGCGUGGAGCUUUACGUACCUCUCUCCCUGUAGUGUCAUCCCCUCCCCAAACCCAAACCUCAUGUUUUACCCCUUCCAAUCCAUAAUAAUCCAUGAGCCCUUCUUUCCAUAUUGGUGUUGUUGUUGAAAUAGAAUUGAGUGUCUGUCAGGGUUGAACAAACCCUAAGGUGAGCAUCCCCCUCUACUAUGUAAAGCGCUUUGGCUGUCUCGAAAAGCACUAUAUGUGUCCAAGUUAUUACUAUAAACACCCCCCAUGUCCUGAGUCUUUCUUUCGUUGUGCACAUAAUGUGUGAAUAAAUGUUAUAUUGAUUAUUUAGGCCACCAUGAGGUCUUUUGAUAUUUCACCAUCUCUCAACAUUUCAACGUGUCUGUCAACAUUUUGUUACACUUUAAACACCUACGUAAUGAUUUUAUAACAUAACAUACCAGUAACCAUGAACCAAGAGGGGAUAAAUAACAUAGGUGACACACUUCCAGAUUAAGUUAAUCAACAUUUAUCGUAGUCACAUACUUGUGGUAUUUAGUAGCAUUAUUAACCUAUGACACCUACACCUUUUACUCACCCAAUUCUACAGUAGCCUAUUGAAAACAUUUAUCAUACUGAAACUACGUUGUUGAUUGGAUGGUGAGGAUCCAGCUUUAGGAACGGUACAUGCUCUCCCUCUGCUGGCCAAGGUGGGGGAUACAGCUGUAUGUUGUCUAGACCCCACCCACAAACACUUACCCGGUUCUCUGGGACAUUUCACUAAAGGGAAUUGAAAACAAAUGCAUCUGUAGUAUAGAUUAUGGCACAAAUGUCCAGGUGAAAUCUCACUGUAACUUUGUGUUGACUGUUUUGAUUGACUGUCUUGUUUUCUCUGACUCCCCCUCAGACUGUGCGAUCACCAAGCGAAAGCAGCAGAUCGGGACAAAUCAGGUCCCUCCAUCCUCCGAGCGACGUCCCCCCUCUCCGCCUGGCCCUCCCCCCUCAGCCCUCUUCCUCCCUGGCCAGCAGCAGCCCAGCUCUGAACCCCAGCCCGGGCCUGGUCAGGACAUCAGCCCAGCGGUGGCAGCCGCCCUGCUGCAGCUCAUCUCCCAGCAGGACCCAGAGGCCGGGCCCCCCCAGCGCAGCAGGGACCACUCCCCCGCCGUGGGCACCCCUGUCCGGGGACAGCCACCCCCUGCCUGGACGACUGACUCCCCUAAACCCUCCCCUGCCAGAGAGCCUCCUACUGGCAUGGAACCCGCUGCCUCUGCUAUAGCAGCACAGUUCCCCAAGGACCAGGACCUCCGCUUUGCCCACAGGACCGCUCGCUGAUCGCUGAUCCUGGGUAGGCCUGUUUAGAGACCUGGGCUACAGUGGGUCGACCUACAGGGACAGGAGCCAGGGACAUCUACUGUACUGAUAAUGAUGAUACUAUAGACCAGUCUCUCUUGGUGAGAACAGAAGAGCAGCUCACCUGAGCAGGUUGUGUAUAUUGGAAGAUGUGAGGUAGAUGGCUGUGAGAUUGUUAGUCUGGACGAAAGAGCAGGCCUUUGGGUCUGGAUAUUUGGAGGAUGUUAUUGUGAAGACGGGCAGUGUUGGUUUGGCUCUUAGGACAAACUAAGCCCACUCUGGACGGACGGACAGACAGACUGGGGUUGGGCCUUGGUGAGGGUUCUAGAACUGGGGGUGGGACAAACUUCCACACCCUUCAAUCACUAACACUGCCCCUCCUCCUGGACCUCCUGACUUGUUGAAGAAGUUGGUUCCAAACGAGUUCCACACAUGGAAUGUUAUCAGCUGUGAUUUCGUUUUGUUUAAUUUGCAAAUCAAAUGAUUGUUAUGUCUACUGCAGUGCCCUCUAACGAUUAAGGCUAUCAGUGGGUUUUGGAGUCUGGUGUCAUCACUAAUCUUCAUCUGCAGUUGAAUGGGUUGGUGUCUGCUACGUAUGACACCGGUGGAACAAAGAACCAGUCUGAAAUGUAGAGGCGGUUAACUGAGGGACAAUGGGGGUACAGAUGUAAAACACUGGGAUUGAGAGUGAGUUAACUACUAACUCAGUCUCAUCAUGCUUGCUGGCUCCUGACUUUCGACCUUGUGCCUCCUUUGUGACCUUCGACCCCUGAAUGAUAUUUUCCCACAGGGAAGAGUUGGGUUGUUUUCUUCUGUUCUGGAAGGCACAUUAACAAGAGAAGGCAUGGCUCAAAAUUUAUUGGGAUACCUUGUGUUUCUUUCUUUGGCCAAAGGUACUGUAAAAUUAGGUAUUUGGUUCUCAGUCCUAUAUCCCCUUGCUGUCUCUCUCGCUCAAUUUAUCUAUGUCAGCCUCAGUCAGCUUUCCCAUGUAGAAAUGAAAAUGUUCAUUCUCGAACGCUAUCUCUCUAGUAACAGGUACAUGUGCCUCUAACCCUCAUACUCCCUUUGCUACACACUUACAGAAAACACAAACUCUGACAUUGUCUCAUGAACUGCUCCUCUAUACUCAGUCACUGGUCUUUCAUUGACCCUCUGGUCACAGCUAGCAAGCCGGUCACCCAACCCCAUAAAUACUGGACACCUAUACACCUCUCCAAAGCUUUCCCUGACGGUCUCUGAUAGCCUUGUCUUAUCUCUUGCCUCCCUGCCUAACUCUGUGCAGCAAAUAUGUUUUUGUGUGAUUAUUUUCUACUUUAAAGACAAAGUUACAUGUUAAAAAGAUGGUCCAUGGUUUUGUUUCCUUUGCUAUGUUUUGGUAAGGGAGAAAUUGGGAAGAGAUCUGACUUUGGGUUUCAUGUUACCAUGUGACUGUAAAAGAUGAUAUUUUGUAAUAUGUGUUUUCUCCGUUCAAUUUAUUAAAGGAAAUCAUGCGACCAG